AUGGCAGACGGAGGCCCAAAGCAGGAGGUUGCUCAUAUCGCAACCGCUGAUGCGCCUGUCGAGCAGUUCAUCAGUGAUGAUAAUGGAAUGCUGGAAACCGGCCAUCACGAGCACAUCAAUCUGAACAAGAAUCUCUCUGCCAAGAUCAAGAAUCCUCUGGCGGACUUGACUCCUUCUCAGGUUAUUCGCGAUGUCGAAGAGUUUGCGAACGAGCAUGACCUGGUCGACAUUCUUCCCGAGCUGAAGAAGGGUGCCCUCGUCGCGCGUGACCCUGAACACUUCGAGACAGUCCCAGAUAUGACUGAAGCGGAGCUCACCGCGAUCCGUGAUGAAACCGAGCACAAAUGGCGCCAGCCUUUUGCUCUCUAUUUCACCAUCAUUCUUUGCUCCGUCGGCGCCGCUGUCCAAGGAUGGGACCAGACUGGUAGUAACGGUGCCAAUCUUUCCUUCCCUGUCGCUCUCGGUAUUCCUGACACCGCCGAACUUUUGGAUGGAAGUCCCAACCCUGACGCUGAGAAGAAUCAGUGGUUGGUUGGUGUAGUAAACGCAGGCCCCUACAUUGCCAGUGCCGCCAUUGGGUGCUGGCUCAGUGAUCCGUGCAAUGCUUUCCUCGGCCGUCGUGGUGCAAUCUUCAUCUCCGCGAUCUUCUGUGUGCUUUCUCCUAUUGGCAGCGCUGUAGCUCAGACUUGGCCCCAGCUCUUCGUGACUCGUCUCCUCCUCGGCCUUGGAAUGGGCCUGAAGGCUUCCACUGUUCCGAUCUUCUGUGCGGAGAACACUCCUGCUUCCGUGCGUGGAGGCUUGGUCAUGUGCUGGCAACUGUGGACGGCGUUCGGUAUCUUCCUCGGUUUCUCUGCUAACCUGGCUGUCAAGGAUACCGGUGAUAUCGCCUGGCGGUUGCAGUUUGGCUCUGCUUUCAUUCCUGCCAUUCCACUGCUUGUUGGCGUGUAUUUCUGCCCCGAGUCGCCCCGUUGGUAUAUCAAGAAAGGCAACUUGAAGGGUGCUUUCAAAUCUCUCUGCCGACUGCGCAACUCCCGGCUGCAAGCUGCCCGCGACCUGUACUACAUCUAUGCGCAGAUCAAGGUGGAGCAAGAGAUCGCUGGCAAGGGCAACUAUCUUACUCGUUUCGUCGAAUUGUUCACCAUUCCUCGAGUCCGCCGCGCCACCCUCGCUUCGUUUGUCGUCAUGAUUGCUCAGCAGAUGUGUGGAAUAAACAUUGUCGCGUUCUACUCCUCGACGGUUUUCGCUCAAGCGGGUGCCAACAACACCGAAGCCCUUUUUGCCUCUUGGGGCUUCGGUCUGGUCAACUUCCUUUUUGCUUUUCCCGCUGUGUUCACCAUCGACACUUUCGGACGUCGCACCCUUCUUCUUUUCACUUUCCCUCAGAUGGCUUGGACUCUGCUCGCAGCGGCGUUCUGCUUUUAUAUUCCGGAGGAUUCCAAAGCUCAUCUGGCAUGUAUCGCACUCUUCGUGUUCCUGUUCGCAGCAUUUUAUUCUCCAGGAGAAGGACCCGUUCCAUUCACGUAUUCCGCAGAGGUUUUCCCUCUCUCUCAUCGUGAGGUUGGAAUGUCUUGGGCGGUCGCUACUUGCCUCGGCUGGGCCGCAGUUUUGUCCAUCACGUUCCCACGCAUGCUUGCUGUGAUGACCCCCACUGGCGCCUUUUGUUUCUAUGCAGGGCUGAAUGUCACGGCUCUGGUCAUGAUUUUCCUCUGGGUGCCGGAAACCAAGCAACGCACCCUGGAGGAACUUGAUUAUAUCUUUGCGGUCCCCACCACAAAGCACAUGCAUUACCAGUGCUUCAAGGUCCUCCCUUGGUGGAUCCAGCGUUACAUCUUCCGUCGCGAUGUUAAGCUUGAGCCCUUGUACAAGCUAGACCUGGCUGCUCACGACGAGAAGGUGGCGAGUAGAGAGGGCGGUGGACAGGUCGUCUCACCCAGCACUGAGAUGUAA